AUGGCCGACGACGGUAAUGUGUCAGAUUUCGUGGAUGAUAUGGAUGAGGAAUAUUAUGGUGGAGGUGGUGAAGAUGCGGGCCUUGAUGAUUAUGAUAUGCUGACGAAGGUGACGGAUACAUCCUCUUGCCAAGCAAAAAAAGGCAAAGAUAUCCAGGGGAUUCCUUGGGAAAGAUUGAAUAUAACAAGAGAAAGUUACAGAUUAACAAGGGUUGAACAGUACAGGAAUUAUGAGAAUAUACCUCUAUCUGGUGAAGCUGUAGAUAAGGAAUGCAAGCAAAUGGAGAAGGGUGGAAAUUACUACGAGUUUUUUUACAAUUCAAGAUUAGUGAAACCCACAAUCCUUCAUUUUCAGCUCAGGAACUUGGUAUGGGCUACAUCCAAGCACGAUGUGUAUCUCAUGUCUAAUUAUUCAGUAAUGCACUGGUCAUCAAUAACUCACAACUUAUCGGAGGUCCUCAACUUUUCUGGACAUAUAGCACCUACUGAGAAACAUGCAGGGAGCUUGUUAGAAGGUUUCACACAAACUCAGAUCAGCUCUCUAGCUGUCCAGGAUAAUUUUCUGGUUGCAGGAGGGUUCCAAGGAGAACUUGCUUGUAAGGAUAUUGAAUUCCCUAUUUUCAAGUAUACGAUGGAUGAGAAAAGCCAUACGAACAUUUGGUACUCUUCCCUCAUCAAUGUGGAGAUAGAGCCAGAAGUGAGGCUUUAUGCCUUCGUCAAUUUCAAUUAUUAUCCUCGAGAGUACCCCUACCGUCGUAAGGCCAAGCAAAGACGUCAAGGCUCAACACCUGAUCAAUUUUUCAAGUUCCUCAUUCGAGCUUUCUUGACCAAUUAUCCAUUUUUGUGGCGGUUGGAUAAACCAGGAGUAAGCUUCUGUACCAGGACUACUUACGAGGAUAAUGCAAUAACAAAUGCUCUGGAUGUAUACGACAGCAUAAGUGGUGGAAUCCAUUUUAUGGCAUCCAACAAUGAUUGUGGUGUUAGAGAAUAUGACAUGGAGAGGUUUCAGCUUAUGAAUCACUUCCGCUUCCCUUGGCCAGUGAAUCAUACAUCAAUGAGCCCUGACCGCAAGCUCUUUACUGUUGUUGGAGAUCACCUUGAUAGUUUGCUUGUGGAUUCCCGGAAUGGAAAGACUGUCGCCUCAGCUGUGGGUCAUCUCGACUACUCGUUUGCUUCUGCAUGGCACCCAGAUGGAUUUGUCUUUGCAACGGGAAAUCAAGACAAGACCUGCCGGGUAUGGGAUUUGAGAAACCUGUCAUUGCCAAUCGCGACACUAAAGAAAAAUAUGGGUGCAGUCCGAUCAAUACGUUUCUCAUCCGAUGGGCAGUUUUUGGUUGUGGCUGAACCGGCAGAUUUUGUCCAUCUUUAUAGUACCAAGGCAGAUUACAAGAAGCGGCAAGAGAUUGAUUUCUUUGGGGAGAUAUCAGGGGUAUCUCUUAGUCCAGAUGAUGAGACUCUGUAUAUCGGAGUAUGGGAUCGGACUUACGCAAGCUUGCUACAAUAUAAUAGAAGACAGAGCUAUGGGCGCGUGUUUCAUGUGAUUUUUCCUGUGGAAGAAACCAUUCUAGCGAUAUACAGGUACGAUGAUCAGGAUCACACGGACAACAUUGUAACUAUGUUGUUCCUCAUCAAAUCAGUGCAUAUCCUAUUAUGUCUAAAUUGUGUUAUUUCGAAGCUUGUCAUAUUUGAAAUGUGUCACUUCAGUUCACAGUAAGAUCUCUUUUUUCUGUAGGGGUAUCAAUCGCACGAUAACAUCUCUUUUUCUUUCAAUCGAG